GCUGAGAGUUGUCGGGGAGGUCGGAGUGUCGACUUGACACAAAGCGACAGGGCAUUGUGAAGGAACACACCAGUGCAAUGGCUGAGACCCCAAGUAAACCUGGAGGGGCCGGACUGUUUGCCAAGCACGUGCAAAAAAGGUUCAUGAGGGCACAAGAAAUGGCCGAUGGGAACAAGCUGCAUAAGGACCUGAAAGCCUAUCUGAAUGCUGUGAAAGCAAUGCACGACACGUCGAAGAGACUCUGUCUAACCCUGCGGGAGAUUUAUGAGUCCGACUGGGAUGGCAAGGACGAACUGCUCCCCAUCGUAGAGAAUAAUGACCUGCUGUGGGCUGACUAUGAAGAGAAGCUUUCGGAUCAGGCCAUGAGGACAUUGGAGACAUACCUCAGCCAGUUCCCAGCAUUUAAGAAGCGCAUUGCGAAACGAGGGCGUAAACUGGUGGAUUAUGACAGCUGCCGACACCACCUCGAAUCUCUGCAAAGUGCCAAGAAGAAAGAUGAAACAAAGAUCACAAAGGCUGAAGAGGAAUUUGUUAAUGCCCAGAAUGAGUUUGAAGAACUGAAUGCACAACUUCGUGAGGAGCUCCCUGAACUGUGGAGCAGCCGCAUUGGAUGCUACGUGACAAUAUUUCAGAACAUGUCCAACUUACGGGAUAUCUUUUAUCAGGAAAUGAGCAAGCUUAACCAGGGCCUGUACUCUGUGAUGACCAAACUGGAGAAGCAGCAUAGUACAAAGGUGUUUAUCGUGAAGGGUGUGGCAACCAACAGGCGUUCAUUGAUUAUCUCGUCACCAGUCAAUCCUGCAAGUCAACUUUCAACCUCGUCAGAGAUCAGCCUUGACCAAUCUCCAGCGGCCGCUGCUUUGCCAAAGGAAGAGGCAGUACCUCCUAGUGCCCCAUCGUCCACUGAAGCUGAUCUGGCACAACCAACGGCACUGAGUCAGGCAGCCCCUGAAACGACCGAGCCACGCAAGGAGAUCCUCCCUGCUGCUGCAUCGUCACCCAUCGAAACUCCGAAGCCUCUUCCACGCUUAUCGCUAAGCCAGGUUGAGUCCCUAGAUCUCCCUUCUUCCGAGGCACUAUCUCCUCUAGCCUCACUUCAAGAUACAUCAGUCUCGGCUGAUCUGGAACUUGCUGAGAAGCCUGGAGAUUCGAGGUCAGAGUCUCCUGCCAAGGUGGUUGACACUCCUCCACUCGAAGCCCCUCGAAGUGACUCAUCUCCACCAGAACCAACACUGGAUGCAAGGUCCAGCGAUGAAUCUAUCACUGAUGGAAAGCACCCAGAAGUGUCAGCUGUCAAUACCUCGCCAUCACUGGAAACCUUAUCCACUGUUAAUGUUGACGCUGGUGAGGAACCCAGCACAGCCACUGAAGAAUUAAAUCUUUCGUCAAUUCAAAAUCCAUCAACAGAUCUGGCCACAAAUCCUUGCCCAGCCCCAUCGACUGGAGAAGUACCUCCGAUGCCGAGUGAUGCCCUCGAAGUCUCACCACCCGUGUCUUCUGAUGCAUUGGCUUCUUCUGAAAGUCAAGCACCUCGCGAGGAGAUCGUGGAGGCUAGCCCUGUGGUGCUUGAAGAUUCUGAGGCCCAACCUUCACCUUUGACGGACGAUCGGGCAUCGUCUGAGGGCAUUCCCCAGGCCAGUCCUAUAACCUCAGAGGUAGGACCUGAAAGCCAGGCCUUGAGUGAAGCCUUGUCCUCCCCUGAGGAAAGUACAGUCAACGAGGCGACUAGUUCAAGUAGCCCUCCAGCUCCUGAAAUGCCACAAACUUGUAUUGGGGAAAAAAUGCCGCCUAAAGCUCAGAGCGAAGGCCCAGUACUUUCAGUUUCCCUUCCAGAGAAUGAUACCUUGAGCUCGUCAGAAGAUGGCUCCCAGGACACUCCAGAGCCUUGUGAACUCGCCGUGACAUCUGACCCAACGUCACCGGAGCCAGUGCCUCAGGACAUGGCUGUUCCCGUUGCUGAUAAGGGCAAGGUGGAAGACAUCAGAGAUAAGGCUGAUGAAAGAAAAGAGGCAUCUCUGUCUUCUUCAGGCAGUGAAGGACUGACAUUGGAUGAAAGCAACGCUGUGGAGCAGUCAGCUUGUGAAGAACUGCCACCUGGAUUUAUGUAUAAGGUUAAGGCCACACACAACUCCUGUGAGGAGGCACACUUACAGUUUACUCAGGGGGACAUCAUAUUGGUUCUGUCUGUCGAUGGGACUCAGAUAGAGACAAAAGGAUGCCUAAUGGGUGUGAGAGAGGCAGAUUGGAGUCUGAAGAAGGAUCUUGCCACUCUGCAAGGCCCAUUCCCAGAACACCUUGCUGAGCGUGUGGAUUGAUAACAGAUUUGUUUAUUGACACUGCUAGCUCCGGCUCCACUGAGAAAGCCAUCACAUCGCUACAUUAAUCUAAGUGCAAAGCUGGCUUCCGUGGACUGCAAUAGCGAGCACAACAACAGAGCUCGGUUGCAGCUGAACAGUGGCAAAGCUGGAGAAGACUUGAAAGAGCUUUACAGUCUCUGUUUGUAUGCCUUUGCCUUGAGUUUCAUUUAUUGACAUGCACUGCAUUAAAAAGCCGCAUUGUGGAAAA